CUCACAUUCUCUUAUGUACCCACUUGGGUAUCCCUUUUACUUUGGCUCUCAUGACUGAGUGGUUAAUUUAUCUCAUGUUUAGAUGUAUUGUUUUAGUUUGAUUUGGAUAUCAGAGGACUUGCCAAACAUUUGGGUGAAAAAAGGAACCAUGGUUGACUCAAGAGUCAAUUGUCUAUAAACACCCAUGUACACUUAUGGAUAUCACUUCCUGGCAGCUAAAAACAAGAAAAGUUGGAAACUUUUUGAUUCUGAAGUUUGUAUGUGUAUUUAUGUUAAUUUUAGAUGUUUUAAAGGUUAAAAUUUGUUCUCCAGGGAACUUGCUAGGGAUCUGGGUGAAAAGGGUGUCAUAGUUUUCUCAGAUGUUGAGAAUGUUAUCCUGAAGACUGAUCGUUCACUUAUCGAAGUGUUCAAGUUGUUUGAUCUGAUUCACAUCCUGACUACUGACCACAAAACUGUUACAAGAAUUACCAAAGAAGUAUGAAAUCCCUCAGUUUAAUUUUGUCAUAUGAACUUGAAACAAUGAUUUAUUCAUGUUUUCCAUGAAUCAGGUUGUUGGAGAUUUUGCGGCCGAGAACGUUGUUUAUUUGGAGUUAAGAACAACUCCGAAGAGGAAUGAUUUGAUAGGGAUGAGCAAGCAAUCUUACAUGCAAGCUGUGCUGGAGGGUUUAAGGGCUGUGUCUACUGUGGAAGUUGAUUUUGCUUCUCAUGAAUUGAGCACGGAAGUUCCUGUGAAUUCUCCUGAUAUGAAUGAUGUCUGCUACAGAACCGAAAGAAAGAAGAUAUAUGUUAGGCUUGUUCUCAGCAUUGACCGUCGUGAGACUACUGCAGCAGCGAUGGAAACUGUUGAGCUUGCACUGAAACUGAGGCAUAUGGGGGUAGUGGGUAUUGACCUUUCUGGCAAUCCUAUCAUUGGUGAAUGGUCAACAUUUUUGCCAGCUUUGAAGUUUGCUAGGGAGCAAGGUCUGUUUAUCACUCUCCACUGUGGCGAGGUACCCAAUCCGGAUGAAAUUCGGGCAAUGCUAGACUUUCAGCCUUGGAGACUCGGCCAUGCUUGUUGCUUUGAAGAGGAAGAAUGGAGAAAGUUGAAGUUGUCCAGGAUCCCGGUUGAGAUUUGUUUGACAUCCAAUAUUCGAACUGAAACAAUCUCUUCCGUCGAUGUUCAUCAUUUUGCUGAUUUGUAUAAUACAAAACACCCAAUAGUCCUAUGCACUGACGACACGGGUGUGUUUUCUACCAGUCUUUCUGACGAAUACAUCCUUGCUGCAUCAGCAUUUGGUCUUGGAAAAAGGGAGAUGUUCGAGCUAGCAAGGAAUGCCGUUGACUUUAUUUUUGCUGGUGAUGAGGUGAAAAAGAAAUUGAUGGAAAUUUUCGCUUCAACUGCUAGGAUGCUGGAUUUUCAGUAAGAAUUUCAUUGAGCUGCAGAAAAACCUCUUUCAUUAUGGUAAUAUUUAGCAUUGUUUAGAAACAGUUGGCAAAACCAUUAAAUUUAUGUGGAGGGUCAGUCAGUGUGUCUUGUAUCAGUUUCUAUCAAUAAUUGCAGUGAACACUAACUUUGCUGAGAAGAGGUCUUCUUGGUAGCUCUAAUGGAGUUUUAUUAAGCUACUGCAGUGGGGUUGUUUUCAUUGCUUUCUGCUAAUUUUAAAGCAUAAGUAUCCAGUUGAGUUGUUUGAUCUUUUUAGAUCGAGAUUGGGUUAGUUUAUGGACUUAUAGUUCUGAGCUGUCAAGUAAAUCCUAGUGAAACAAUGGGGUGGGCACUUGUCUGUAGACUUUGCUGCCUCAUUGUUCUCUUUUGUUUAAAUGGGCACUUGUCUUCAUGAAAGAGAAUUUGAGGCACAAUUGAUGUGUCAGUGCUGGUGAAUGAGGU